AUGAAUUUUCCAAAUGAAUUUAAAUUUUCUAAUUUAUUAUUAGCUUAUAAAAUAGCAUUUAUAUUCAAAGUUAGUUUAUUAUCAAUUUUAUUUAAAGAUGCAUUACUAUUAAACAAUUACGAAUUAGGAUUAAUACCCAAGAGGAAUCUUGCAGAAAUGCUUCAAGGACUACAACAUGAUGAGAAAAAUGAGAAUACAAAAAUUUUGAGUAAAGAAGAGGUCAUAGAAAAAUUUGUCUCUGCGGAAUAUUUAUCAUCUAAAGAAAUAGUGGAUGAAUAUAAAGAUGUAAAUUUCAUUAUACACAAAGAUUCUAAUUGUAUGGAAAGAGAUCUUGCAAUUAUUUUUGGUCGAUUUUGUUUUGAGGGAAUAACAUUACCUAUUAAUCAAUUAUUAAAUGUAUAUAAAAGAAUAAUUAAACGUGCUAAUUUGCGAAAUUGGUUUACAUUAUAUGAAAAGAGGAGUAUUUUCGAAUAUAUUUUAUCUAUAGAGAAAUCUGUGUCUGAAGAAUCAUUGAAGAGUAUAAUUUGUGAAGAAAAAAAAGUCGAACAAGAAGAUAUUAUGCCUAUAUUAAGGGAAAAAUCAUUUUUACUAGAAGAAAAAUUAAAAUCAUUGGAUAUAAGGCUACCAUAUGAACAAAAUAAUGAUUUGAAAUAUAUAAUAGAUGAACUUAUUAAAGACGUUAUUGUAUAUUUUAAUAAAAGAUUUAGUGAGGAUGCAAAAAUAGAUGAACGUUAUGUAAAUGAAUUAUUUGAUACUGAAUAUUUAAUAUUAAUUUCAUUAAUUCAUUCUGUAUAUACUGGUGUGUAUGUUAACAAACCUAUUUACGAUAAUUGUACAUUUAUAUUGAAAAUGAUUUUAAAAUAUUUUUCAGCAAGUACCAUAGAAUUAACAUAUGUGCAAUUUAAAAAUAUAUAUCACAGAUUACUGGAACGUGUAUUUCCUUUAGAUCAUAGUGAAUUAACAACUCAAGAAAUGCAUAAAUUGUUUAAUGCUUAUGAAAUUGAAAAUAAUUUGACUAUAAAUCAUGUAAUAAGGGAAAUUAAUAAGCCUGAUGAACAAGAAACACAGCAUGACAUGAGAGAUGUAGUAAAAACUAUAGAAAAUAAAGUUAAUGAAGCUUUACAAUCAGAAGAUAUUUUAAUGUCACAGGAAGAAGUGAGGAAAAUGGCACUUAGAAUAUAUAGAUCUACUACAGAGACUAGUUAA